CGCUGUUUGAGGAAGCCGGAAUAUUUACAUCCUAAUUUAAGUUUAAAAUUAGUUUCAAUUAAACUCGAGUUGGACUUCAAACAUUGUACAUCUGCCUUUUUAAGCAGUCGCGUUUGUAAAUAUAGCCAGCGUUGCGUCGACGUGAGACGCUCCGGAUUCCCAGGCGUCUGACUGACUAAAGACACGCUCGCGGCAUCCUGAGCGUUUUUUCCGUAUAUAUUUGAACGUCUUUAUUUCGAUAACCAGGGACAUUUAGAUUUAAGAGACCCGCUUCGAUUUAGAUGGCAAGCUUCCCAGAUUGUGUCAACGAAAAUGAAAUAGGUAAAGCUAAGUUCAUUGGGGAACUCAUACCUCCUGUUGCUCCCUUUGACCAAAAGUCUGGACGGGAGACAUGGACUGUAGCUUUUGCACCUGAUGGUUCCUACUUUGCUUGGUCUCAAGGACAUCGGAUUGUGAGACUUGUACCAUGGAAAAAAUGCUUAGCCAGCUUUUCUGUAAGGAAGGAAGAUCGGUCGAGUGGUGCAGGUCCUCGAAGACUCUCUCGGCAGAACAGUGAGGGCAGUUUGCUGCCAGGCGAGCCCAGGGAGCACACCAUUGACUGUGGCGACAUUGUGUGGGGUCUGGCCUUUGGCUCUUCCGUACCUGAGAAGCAAAGUCGCUGUGUUAAUAUUGAAUGGCACCGGUUCAAGUUCGGCCAGGACCAGCUCUUGCUGGCUACAGGCCUCAACAAUGGCCGCAUCAAAAUCUGGGAUGUAUAUACAGGAAAGCUUUUGCUGAACCUGAUGGAUCACACAGACAUUGUGCGAGACCUGACAUUUGCCCCGGAUGGAAGUUUAGUACUGGUCUCUGCCUCAAGAGACAAAACUCUACGCGUGUGGGACCUCAAAGAUGACGGUAACAUGGUGAAAGUACUCCGUGGCCAUCAAAACUGGGUCUACUGCAGCGCUUUCUCACCUGAUUCAUCUGUCCUUUGUUCUGUGGGCGCUGGCAAAGCGGUCUUCCUGUGGGACAUGGAUAAAUACACUCUGAUCCGUAAGCUGGAGGGCCAUCAUAAUGAUGUUGUGUGUUGCGAGUUUUCUCCAGAUGGGGCUUUACUGGCCACAGCCUCCUAUGACACCCGCGUCAUAGUUUGGGACCCUCAUACAGCCACAGUUUUACUCGAGCUGGGGCAUCUUUUUCCUCCUCCCUCACCCAUAUUUGCUGGAGGGGCAAAUGACCGAUGGGUUCGCUCUGUUGCUUUUUGUCACGAUGGUCGGCACAUUGCCAGCGUCACUGAUGACAGGCUGGUGCGUUUCUGGAGUAUCGAUGAGAAGAGUCCUCAAGCCAUCGGCCCCCUCACUAAUGGCCUCUGUUGUGCCUUUUCUACUGACGGAAGUGUCUUAUCUGCUGGGUCCCGGGAUGGCAGUGUGCAUUUCUGGGCUUCUCCACGCAGUAUCGCCAGCCUUCAGCACCUGUGCCGAAUGACCCUGCGACGAGUCAUGCCCACUCAGCAGGUUUACACGCUGCCCAUUCCCUUUUCCAUGCAGGACUACCUGGCCUACAAAACGCUUUAACUAGCAACACAAACCACAGCACUCUCUCAAAUGUUUUUUCUGCUCAUACAGACCAUUAGAUGACAGCGAGGUCUGUUCUUUUUGUAUUUAUUUUUUUGUAUUAUUUGGACAAUAUUCUUACCUUCAAGCCCAUAUCAGGUAGCGGCCUUUAGAAAGCCUUAAUAUAUCAGCGGACCACAUUUUGAUUUGCAAUUCUUUCUUUUUUCAUCUGGCACAACUUGUAUAGCACCUUAUAGCUAGGUGAAUGUGGUGCUUUUAGCUCCUCCACCGAGUUUAAAGCGAUGUGAUGGGGGAAUAAUGUCUCCCCAAUGUUCUGCAGUGUUUUUCUUUGUCUGUGCUGGCUGUGUGAAGGAUUGAAGGGAAGAUACAAUGUGAACGCAUGUAUGUGUGAGUGCGUGUGCUAGAUUGAAGAUAGGUUGGUAGUUCAGGGACACAGGCAGUGCCUCCCCUUUACGUGCCUCUUUAGACAAAAUACACUCGCUUAACGGUGCUUCAGUAAUGACCUUCUGUUCAACAACACAAUCCUAAAACUACAGUAACGCACACGGGCUUACUUUUUUCUUCAGAAAUUGUAUAUUUUUUACGUGUACAGAGAUUUGUAAAGGCAUGUUAUUGAGUGUGUGUGUGUUUAUAUAAAUACAAAUCUUUGUAUAAAUAUUCUAAGUAUAUAUAAAUAUAUAUAUGUAGCUUCAUUUUUUCCAGCGCUUUCAUCCAUAGCUGUAUUAAAGUUAGCUCUUUUUCUCUUGUGCGAUGAUGGGUUGUAGCAGAGUUGCACAACAGGUUGCUUUGAGGAGAAUCUGGCAACCAGUUCAAUGAUGUAUUCCAGUAGCAAAACCACAUUUGAUUUCUUAUUCCGAACAAUUUACCAUCAACUUUGCUGUUUGGCACUGUAACAGUGCUUGGGAUGCAUUGCAUUGUCCUAGUGUUUCCCCACAUACACACACAGUUCACUCUUGUGCACUGUAGAUGUUGGCUAUGUGCAAUUUAACAGAGAGCCAACUUGGUUUCAUUUGGGCAUGUCUCAUCUACCUCUCAUUUUGGAGAACUGAAAAUAUUGAUGGUUUAUUGGAAGAAAAGCAUCCUGAUUCUGUUUAUUGAUCCAUUUAUGCGUUAUAUGACCUUUGCCUGUCAGCUUAAUGCAAUCACAUAGUCUUAUUAAUGUGCACUGUAAAACGUUUCACAUCGGUUAUGCUUAUAAACUCAAGUUUACCAGCUGCCUUGUAAAUUGGAGUCAACUCAACUAAGAGAGAUUCUUUGUUUUAACUGAACUCACAGCAAAACUUAACAUCUUGAGUUGAAACGGAAUCUCUCUAAACUGAGUGGACUCACAUUUUCAAGGCAGCUGGUGAACUUGAGUUUGUAAGUAUAAGCGAUGUGAAAGGUUUUACAGUGUGGGAAUCUGAAGUGGCAUGUUGAUCUAGUCAUGCUGGCAAAGAGUCUCUGCAAUAAAAACUAAAAGUGUUCAUAAAGCCGAUGCCAAAGAUCCCCGCUUAUUGAUGAGAUUGGCGCAGUCGGGGUUCUCUUUCCUUCUUCCUCCAUUUAUGGCGAAAACUUGAAAGUCUUUUUUGUAUUCGUAAGUCUGCUGUUAUGCUUGAGUGUAUGAAGAAUGCUUAUGUGAAGUAGAAAGAUGCGUAGAUGCACCAGGAUGUUGUGGUAGUGUUUUCAGUCGGGUUGUAGAGAUGUUUGGAAAGUAGUCAGUUUGUCCAGCUGUUUCAGGCAGAAUACCUUAUGCUGUUCCCAAUUCGUCAAAAGGAAAAGUCAUCUGACAAGAAUGUACUUUUUUUUCUGUCCUCCAAAAGUUGGAGUUUCUGUUUGUUUGUUUGUUUGUUUAUUUGUUUUGAUUGUCAGAAUAAAGUAUUUUAAUUCA